UUUUAUAAAAUGGAUGAAGCAACAGGUGAUUUAAAAUUGCCUCUUCAAAAUGACUGGGAAUCCCUGCAGAUACAUGUGGAAGUUCAUCAGAAAUCAAACAGUACUGCAAAAAAAGAAGAUAUCAAACUAAGUGUCUUAAAGCUGUUGAAGAGGCACAAUGUUAUUUUUGGUGAUUACAAAUGGAUUGAGUUUGAUGAUUGCUACCUAACAAAUAAUGUACAGUCAAUUGCAAUUGUGGAUACAGAACUACAGCUGAAAGACAGACAGCCUAUCAGCUUGAAUAAGUGCAAACUUUUAAUCCAUAUUUUUCAUCUCAAUGAGGAAGGGUCUACUACAGAAAAUCUGGAUGAGGAAGAUGAGCAUAUUGUUGCAGCUAAUCAAUGGUUAUUACCUACAGUUGAGUUUCAUCGUCUAUGGGAAAGCCUAAUUUAUGAUGCUGAAAUAAAAUCGGAUUUAUUAAAUUAUGUGACCACAACAUUACUAUUCUCUGACCGAAAUGUUGAUAACAACUUGAUAUCAUGGAACAGAGUUAUUCUACUACAUGGUCCUCCUGGAACUGGUAAAACUUCUCUUUGUAGAGCAAUGGCCCAGAAGUUGACUAUUAGACUUUCACAUAGAUACUGCCAUGGACAGUUGGUAGAGAUAAAUAGCCACAGCCUCUUUUCUAAGUGGUUCUCGGAGAGCGGCAAACUUGUUACAAAAAUGUUUCAGAAGAUUCAAGAAUUAAUUGAUGACAAAGAUGCCCUUGUAUUUGUACUUAUUGAUGAGGUGGAAAGUCUCACAGCUGCUCGUAGUGCUUUUCAUGCAGGUACUGAACCUUCUGAUGCCAUCCGUGUUGUAAAUGCUGUACUGACACAAAUUGAUCAGAUCAAAAGGUAUCCUAAUGUGGUUAUAAUGACGACUUCAAAUAUCACAGAGAAAAUUGAUAUUGCUUUUAUAGAUAGAGCUGAUAUUAAACAAUAUAUCGGGCCACCUUCUCCUGCAGCUAUAUUCAAAAUCUAUCAUUCUUGCAUAGAAGAACUAAUGAAGUGCCAAAUAAUAUAUCCCCGUCAGCAACUGUUAACACUCCAUGAACUAGAGAUGAUUGGUUACUUAGAAAACGACGUGUCAAAAUUAAGUCUCCUGUUAAAAGAUAUUUCAAGGAAAAGUCAAGGACUUAGCGGUCGUAUCUUAAGAAAACUUCCUUUUCUAGCCCAUGCACUGUAUAUUCAAUCUCCUAAUGUUAUAAUGAGAACUUUCCUUCAAGCUUUAUCACUUGCAGUGGACAAACAAUUUGAAGAACGAGCAAAGCUUUCAGAGUCUAAUUGAUAGUCUCAUUCCUACUCUGUUUUGUGGUAAUUUUCUUUACGUACAUUUUACUUUGUUUUUCUAUCUGCCUACUGAGAUUGCUAAUUAAGAACCAUGCAUCCUUAAUCUGAAGAUCAGUUCAGACUUUUUUUUCAAUUAUUGCAUAUAUAAUAAAUUACUUCUAUAUAUUCAAAGGUUUUGUUUUGUUUGGGUCAUCAAGAUGCCAUGUACUGUUAGGGAAAGUCAUUUAAAAGCAAUUCCAAGAAGUUGUUAUUCCCAAUAAUUUUGACACAUUCUUGGAGUUGGAAUGCCUAUGAUUUAUAUCAUUUUAUGUUGAUUCUCUGAACUAGACGACUACCUUUUAUAUCUCUUGAAAAAUAUAAUACUGUGUGUAGUGAAAAUCUUAUCUUAUAGUACAUUAAGACCAACUAGGAAAUCAUUAAUGAUAAAUAAGAAUCAUUUUUGUGUGUUUGUUUCACUUCUCAUCCAAGAAGCUUAUUCUACCCUAAACUGAAGAAGCUUUUUGGAUGAGAAAUAAAAAGUUUUCAAAGAAAAAAGAACAAGUUCAGUUGCCUUUUGGAGAAAGGAUCUUUGGGAUAUGCUAACUAAAGUUUCUGUCCGAUUAAAAAUACACAGAAAACUACAUGUUGACUAAGAAGAGAUUUUUUUUUGGUAUAAUAUAUGCAUGAGUUCAAGCCAGACCAAUCCUAAAAAGAAACCAUCUCACAGAAUAUCUGUUAUUUCACUUUUUACUUACAAUUUAAUAUGUAUAUUUAAUUCGAUUCUAAUAGGUAAAAAGUACAUUAACCAAAUAUAAUUGGCAACGCCCUAAAAAUAAAACAAAUUAAUACAAGUUUGAAGUCUUAACCACAUCUGAGCUGAGGUUUCAAAUAGACCAGGAGUCAAACUCAAGGCCCGCGGGCUGGAUUUGGCUCAUAAUGUGGCUAAAUCUGGCCCAGAGGGCUGCCCUUGAGACAGCAAAGGACCAGCCCCAGUGCUUCAUCCCUGACUCAUGCUGUCCAGGCACCAAUCUAUAACUUGAUGGCUAUCAUCAGGGCUGCAACAGGGUCAGCCUUGUAUCCAUGGAGCCAGUGAGAAACCGUUGUGCUACCUCAGCUCCACCCCAUGGCGCUCGACGCCUCCUGUGCUCAUUCCCAGGGGGCAGGGGAGAGGCAAUGGGGGUGGCUCCAGAGCGGUCCCGUGGAUCUAAGGCUCACCAUGUUUCAGGCCGGAUGACUGCCAUCCAGUUAUAGAUCAGUGCUGCGCCAUCAGCACCUCCAUGACCUGCUUGCUAGCCCGGUCUUCCCUUUCACUGGAACCACCCCUGCCCUGCUCCACGUGGGAAAGUCAUAGCUGCGGUAAGCAUGGCCACCAGCAGUACUGCCAAUCUCUCCCCCUCCCGCCGUCCCUUUCUGAGUGUGGAGGACCGAAAUGGGAAGAAGGGAGGCAGGAAAAGAAGUGG